AUGGAACGAUCGAGCCCACUCAUUCAACUAGUCGACACGACCAACACACUCUUUUCGCUUCUUUCGUUUCUCUCCAACAUCCAAGAUAACCCCACCCCUACAUGCCCCCAAAUCUACAUCGCCCUCGAAGGCAACAACCCAUGCGGCUACGGAACCAUCUCGCUAUUUACACUUCUUUUCACCCCCAGCAACACAGUCUAUCUCAUCGAUGUGCACAGACUCGGUCUCUCCGCCUUCACAACCACCUUCGAAGACAAACCCACAUCCCUGAAAACGAUCCUCGAAUCCCCCUCCAUCCAUAAAGUCAUCUUCGACGCCAGCAACCCCUCCGACGCGCUUUUCUCCCUCUUCAACAUCACCCUCGCUGGCAUCUCCGACCUCCAACUCAUGGAAAACGCCUCCCGAACCGGCUCAAAGCGAGCCGUCCUCCGCCUCUCCAAAUGCAUCGACCACGAUAGUCCCCUCAGCUACGCCGAGAAACUCGAAUGGAAGAUUCAGAAGGCGCGGGCAUCUUUACUCUUUGAUCCAUCCAAGGGGGUCCGAUACCAGGUGUUCAACGAGCGGCCUCUGAAACAGGAAAUUAUAAAUUAUUGUGUUGGGAAUGUGGAACUACUAUCGGCAUUGUACGCCGUGUAUCAUGAGAAAUUGACCGAGCAUUGGAGACGCAGGGUGGAACGGGCAACAGCGCGCAGGAUUCGACAAUCCCGACACAAGAAUUAUAAUCCGUAUUCGCGGAGUAAAGGGCUGGGUCCGUGGAGGAAUGAGCUUACGGAGCUUUAUCGGCGGCAUGGGUCGGAUGAUGAUGUGAAUGAUUUGUUUGAUCGGUGGGAGAGGUAA